CAGACUGUUCUAUUUCUUCUCCAUUUGCUUCUCGUCUAGCCUCCAACAGCUGUACCAAAACCAUGACCCCUGCGAAGUCAAUAGUCAACAUCAACGGCCAGCGUCCGUCGCCGUUGAAGAUCAACAAAGAAUCUCAUUCCAUUCGCAAAUCCUCCUCCUCCUCUUCAAUAUCAGAUGCUCCGCCGAAGCAGAAACAGCGCCAGCCCGUAAUCAUUUACACGGAUUCUCCAAAGAUCAUCCACGCGCAGAAGCAAGAAUUCAUGGCCUUGGUGCAGAAACUCACAGGCUGUCAUUCCCGGUCCAGUGAUUUUGACGAUGAUCACAAAACUACAUCGCCACUAAAGGGUUCUUCAUUCAAAGAGGAGGGAAUUAUUAAAGUUGUUGAGGAAAACGACUCGUCUUCAGGACUUAUGGACGAGAACUGUGGUAGGGUUGUUGGGAAUUAUAGCAGUACUACUGCUGAUAAUGUCAGUUCAUCGUCUGUCUCUCCAAUUAUAAAUACAGAGAACCCGCUUUUCCAAGAUAUGCCUCUGUUUACCCCGAAUUCGAUGAACUUCUUUUUCUCUCCGAGGCUUAUGUACAGAUAUGCAAAUUCUUCUGCAAUCUCAUCGCCAAGCAAUAUGAGUAACUCGGUGCUAUCACCUUCUGUGUUUGACUUCAUCAAAGGCCUUCCGGAAUAUUGAGAGACAGAGGAAUUUUGGUAAUUGCUGUAGCUUUAGGCCUUUUGCCAAUGAAUGAUUGUUUAUUGUUCAUAGUUUUUUUCUUUUUUUUUUUUACAAAAGAUAAUGGUUAGGAAGUUAGUUUGAAUUAGUUGUUAACAACUGGGGAUUCGAUCUUCAGAUCGGGUGAACAUUUCACUCUCUCAAAUGAGACGCACGGCCAUCAUGCCGUUGUUGGUGGAGUUCACGACGGUGGUAGAACUUGAAGCUUUAACCACCUCAACCAAGUAUUUAAGGCUUAGGGUCGAAUCACAUAGUUUUUUUCAUAUGUUUAUUUAUUUAUUUUUUGGUUUGAUAUUCUAUUUUGUGUUUUCUUGGUGAGAUAUUUAUACGGAUCACCUAGCAACAAACAUUUGAAUCAUUAUUAGAUGAUUUAAUUUAUUUUUUGUACAUCCAAGACAAGGAUGCUUUCAAUUCAUUUGUUUUAAAUAGUGCAACUUCUUUUUGUAUGUUAGAGAUCUAGCCUCCAUAACUCAAUAUACUUUUUCUUCAAGA